GAACAAUCUGGAAUUUGUGUUAUUUUAUUUGCCCCACGCGACGCAGUUACAUACCAAUUACUUUCCAAGAUGGAAACCAUAAUGGAAAAACUUUCGAUUUACGGAAACAAUUUGAAGAAGAAAGAAGCUAAAAGACAGGAGGAAAUUCAAAAAGCGAAGCAUUUGGCCCCCUUCACCUACGUUUUGGGGAUGAAGGGGAAAAAUUUCCGGAGGCAUAUUGCCGUCGCCUUUAACUAUUGGUAUGGCGUAAAUUGUGCAGACAUGGACUGGAUUUUUCGCCUGAUUGACCUCCUCCACAACGGGUCCUUGGUGAUUGACGAUAUCCAAGACAAUUCCGAACUGCGGAGAGGAAAACCAGCUGCUCAUCUGCUCUACGGGGUCCCAUUAUCGAUCAAUGCGGCCAAUUAUGCCUACUUUGAUGCACUGAAAGUCCUCUUGGAGCGAAACAGUUUAAGGGCUGUCGAAAUCUUUACCGAAGAAUUGCUAAAUCUGCAUCAUGGUCAAGGAAUGGAGUUGUACUGGCGAGACUGGGAAAUAUUUGCUCCGAACGAUGACCCUAAAAAGUACAUCCCCACGGAAGACGAGUAUGUGGAAGUCAUUGCGAAAAAAACCUCUGGACAAUUCAUCCUCCUCGCAAGAAUUAUGCGUCUACGAAAGCACAAGGGAAAACCUGACGUUGACCUGACCAACUUGGCGUACAUGGCGGGAGUCUACUUUCAAAUUCGCGACGACUUUAUGAACCUAACUUCUCAAGAGUAUACCGACACGAAAGGCUUUUGUGAAGAUAUUUCCGAAGGCAAGCUAAGCUUCCCGGUCAUCUAUGCGCUCAACAAGGUCCCCGACGAGGUGAAGGAUCGUCUCAUCAAACUCUUAAGGGCUCGGUCCACCUCGGAAAAAGUGAAGCUGGAAGUGCUCGAAAUUUUGAACAGUUCCGGCGCCCUACGCUACACAAAAGAAAAGUUAGCCCGGUUAAGGGUCGCGAUUGAGAAGGAGAUUGAAAGUCUGGGAGAAAAUCAAUUGUUGGAACAGGUCAUGGAAACUUUAUGGGUUGAGGAUUAAAAAAGAUUUGCAUUUUGUUAACCUCACUGCGACCGUAAUUGUAAAAAAAUCUUAGUUUAUUGUGAUAAUUACUUCAUGCGUAAUGUCAUUAAAUAUUCGUAAAAUGUUUCCUGUAAAAGACGAAAUAUUCUUCAACCAGUAUAUGUCUGAGUUUUGUGACAAAAAUACAAAAAUCAUUUUUUUCCAUUGGUCAGCAGAGGGAAAACUUCAAAAUUUGAGGCCGGCAAUGUCUGAAACAAAUGGCUUUUUAGCACAUACAUAGUUUCCUAGAAAAUGUGUACUAAAAAACUCGUUCUUUGAACAAGAACAAGAAGUCUUUGGUAUUGUUGCAGCGUAAAGUGAAUAUAUGUUAAAAUGUUCCAAUGUAAAGUAAAUUUAUGUAUAUGAUUCAUGAUAUUAGGCAUUGCAUGCCACACAAAUUUAUUAUUUGCCUAUUUGACUAAUUAUGAAAGCGAGUACGUGACUAAAAGUUUAGAGAAGCUUCUAGAACAAGCCAGAGUCAUCAUCAUCAUCAACCUUUUUCUCUGCAGCAAGGACGCGGAGAAGCCAGUCUACACUGAGAAGUCAACGGCGUAACAUUGAACAGUGAUAAUAUUUCUUAAAUAGUUGUAGCGAACUGAUAGGUCUAGAGUAAUUAUUUUUAUGAGUAUUUGUACGGUUUUACGCGAUUAAUAAAAGUAUUUCAAGAUA